CCUGUCGUCGAUUCAGCGCGUUUUUUCCGUGUGCUAUUGCGGCUUGAGGAUCUCGGCCAUCCGUGGCAACGCGGAGACCGAUCGUCCCGCCAAUUCUUGCUGGUUCAGAAACUAAGUACCGUAUCUCCCGCUUGGCUUGGUCUCUUCCGACUCCGCGCCACACGGUAACAGCUACUGAAUCCGCCGCGCCCUCAUGGCCGCGCUCGCCGCCGCAACGCUAGCGCCGUCCGCGCGGCUCACCUCCGCUCCCGCCGCUGCCACCGCUUCUGCUGCUCUCGCCCCUUCUGCGACUACCGCCGGCCCCCUUCUACCACUGCGUACCGGAUUGCGCAAUCGUCUACUUCCCCACCCGAGCGCAGCGUCCUCCGCGUCUGCUCUCCGCGAAUCCGCGCAACAAUCCGCGGUUUCCUCCCGGGGUCGUCGAGGCUCAGUGCUCGCUCGCGCAGACGCUGGGGAGAUCAAGGGAGUGACAGAAGCGACGCAAGCGACAGAUGCGACUGGAGCUACGUCGCCUGCGACGAAUUCAGAUUCUGAGGGCGAAGACUCCGCCGGUCCGCGCCUGACCGUGGCGCAGAAGCUGCAGCUGCAGAUCUCCUCCCCCGCCUCCCUCCCCGACGGCACCGCCAUUCCGCUCCCCCUGGGCGGCCGCCGCCGCGUGCUCUCCGCGUCGUACCCGCUCGCCGCGUGGACGCCCGCGCAGAAGCGCAACCUGGCGCGCGCGACGCUGCUGAGCCGGGUCGGGGAGCGGAACGACUCCCCCCUGUUCGCGACGAUCGGCGCGCUGGUCCUGGGCCCCCCGCUGGUGAUCCUCGCCGUCGCGUUCUUCACUGGCUACGUGGACUUCCUCGGGUGAUGAUGCCGGGGGGAAGGGGGGUGGGUGGAACGAAGCUCGUGAUUGUGGAUAGAGAAAGCCCGUGAUUGUCGUUAGUCGUGGGGAGGAAGCAACUGUUCCAACAGUCCAAAGCUUGGUUACUUCAAUAGGAACAUGUGAGGAGGUGCACGGAUUGUUAAACGUCCAUGCUGCAACGUUGUAGGGCCGUUGCACCCUGCAUGGAAAAGAUAAGGCGCUGGUGGUGACGAGAACCAGACGAGUGAAGUGGGGUGGAGUGUAGGGUCACCGCUCUAUGGCGACACGCACGGAUGGUCUUACAGGCAUGCGUGACUGACAGACAGCACAGCGGGGAGGCGGAUUCUGCUGGCCAUCACAGGAGAGGCAUGCUGCGCACUCUCUUAGCCACCUUGAGCUGUGUGUAGGACACGCGGUGGCUCUAGCUGCUCGGGCUGCUGCGGGGGGGCAGCUAGUGUCUGCUGGUUGCGUCCCUCUUAAGAUGUGUAUAUCUUUUGCGUGUAGUGUUUGUUGUGUGUGCUGUGUGCGUGUGUGCGACUGCGAGUUCAGACCAGUCGGAGUUCUAUCUGUCUAGAAAUGGCUUGUGGAAUAGUAAAUACUACAGUUACUA